AUGCCUCUCUUCUCCCGCCACGCCGAACCGGCCCAGCAGCCGGCAACCCAGCCCCAGCCCCAAACCCAACCUGGCUAUGAAGAACGGCCCAAGAAACACGGGCUCUUCAGAAGCCACCACCAGACAGCGCCGCAGCCGCAGCCGCAAGCGCAGGCUCAGGCCCAGCCCGCCUACGAGGAGCAGCCCAAGCGACACGGCCUCUUCGGCAGCCGGCGCCACGCGCCCGCCCAGACCACCCCGAACGGCAUCAACGGCGCCUAUGCCGCAGCGCCGGCAGCGACCUCCCCGGAUCGCGCAGCCGGCGGUGGCGGCGGAGGCGGCGGCGUCUUCCGCCGGCCCACAGACGCCAGCACCAUCAACAGCCAGCGCGGCAGUAGCGUGCUCCGCCGUUCCCUCGGCAACGGCAACGGCAACGGCACCAUCGACGAGCUGGAUGACCCGACCAUCGCGCAGGCGCGCGAGCGCGUCAUGAGCGCCGAGGCGGCCAAGGCCGAGGCCGACCGCGCCCUGAUGGCCGCCCGCCAGAGCGUCUGCGAGGCCCGCGAGCACGUGCGCCGGCUCGAGCUCGAGGCGCGGGAGGAGGCCCGGCGGGCUAAGAUCAAGCAGCUGCAGGCCAAGGAGGUCUCCAAGAGAGGCAAGGCGCUGGGACGUCACGACCCCUGA